GCGAAGCCUUUUUCUUCAACGGACGCUGAUUGAACGUAUCGGUUCUUCACAGACUACGAACGUGGACGGACAGAAAGACGUUUCUAUCCACUACUAGGAGCGAUGGCAGACUCAGGUGGUGUCACAGCGGCAGAUUCUUUCUCACCAACGGCAAUUAAGAAAAAGUCCCGCUGGUUAGCAUGGGCAGCUUUCAUCAGCGCCAUAGUGUUCAUGUUGGCCACUGGAUACUUGGGCUACCGCGUCUGCAAGUCUAGCAAACAGUUGGCCGUCGUGGAAGAGCAGUUGGCAACGGCUGAAGGAACGAUCGCCCGGCUAGAAGAGAAAGAUCCUGUUUGCAACACUAAAGAAUGUGUUAUUUCAGCUGCUGUUUUGAUGGAAGCCAUGGAUCCGACUGUCGAUCCUUGCCACGACUUUUACCAGUUUGCCUGUGGUGGUUGGCUCCGUAAAAACAGCGUUCCGGAUGCCAGUUCACGUUGGGGCCGAUUCCAUGUUCUAAGAGAACAACUCAUGUACAUUCUUAAAGACAUUUUGAGUGAACCAAACACCGUCCAGGAUUCGAAACCCGUUAAUAGCUCAAGAGAAAUGUAUCGAGCUUGUAUGUAUACCGAUGCCAUUGAAAAACUGGGCUUGACACCGUUGAUUCAACUGUUGAAUUCAUACGGUCGAUGGCCUAUGACAGUGGCCAACUGGACAGCCGAUCAGUUCGACUGGAAAUUGGCGAGUACAUCCAUCCGGAGAGACAUGGGUGAAAGUUUUCUCUUUGAAGUGUACAACUACCUCGACUGGAAAAAUACCAAUAAAAGCUCCAUUUACGUGGAUCAAACCGAUGUUGGGCUUCCAUAUUCCACUCUGAUCAAUGCAAAGUCUAAUUCGACAGCUAUCAUUAUGCAAGCUUAUGCCACUUACGUGUUUGAAUCAGCCAAGGCCGUUCGAGACGCAAUCCAGGGCGGAUCGAACGAUUCCGACAUCAUCCAUGAAGUGGAUCAGAUGAUAAACUUCCAAAUUGAACUUGCUAAAAUCCAAACUAGGCCGGAAGAACGGCGGAAUAGGACGAGGAUGUAUAAUGUUAUGCAACUUGGAGCCCUGCAACGAUGGACGAAUGUUGUACAUCUGAAUCGGGCAACUAGUUAUAUUAACUGGGCUAAAUAUAUCAAUGAUAUAUAUUCGGCGGUGAACGUGACAGUGUCUGAAAACGAACAAAUUAUCGUCAAGGAACCGCAAUUCCUCCGCAAACUUGUACGACUGUUGGAUCAAACAUCACCGAGAAUCAUAGCCAAUUACAUCCACUGGCGUUUGGUGAUGAAAGCGGGCGAUUAUACAAAUCAGCUGAUGAAUUCGGUGGCCUUCAAUUUCCAGAAGGUGUUUUACGGAGCAUCGGUUCCUCAGCCAAGGUGGCGAAUGUGUGUCGAUAAAGUUUCCUCCACAUUAGGAUUCGCUGUCGGUUCACUGUACAUCGAAAGGGCCUUCGACGGACAAGCCAGAAAAGAGGCCGUCGAAAUGAUUGGCCAUAUCAAAACGGCCUUCAGUUCCCUAGUUCAGGAAUCACAUUGGAUGGAUCAAGAGACUAAAAUCCGGGCGCUGGAGAAGGCGGCCGCCAUGAAAGAUUUUGUGGCGUAUCCGGAUUGGAUCCUUAAUAAAACUCGACUGAGCCAGAUUUACGAAGGGGUGGAGACGACUAGCAAGCACUUUGAGAAUGCCCUUAAUGUCACGCGAUUUUUAGAGCACGACAAGUUAAAAGCCCUUCGUUUACCAACAGAUCGGACAGCGUGGGUGACAUUCCCGUCAGUUGUCAAUGCCUUUUAUUCGUUCUUCUACAAUGCCAUCACUUUUCCUGCUGGAAUUUUACAGCCACCAUUUUUUGGAAAGGGUCGCUUGGCGGCCCUAAACUACGGUGGGAUAGGUGCAGUUAUUGGUCACGAAAUCACACAUGGAUUUGACGAUCAAGGACGUCAGGCGGAUAAAGAAGGUCGCAUCAAUUUGUGGUGGACUAAUCAAACUCUCAACAGAUACAUCAAGGGGGCGCAGUGUUUCAUCGAACAAUAUGGAAAUUAUACCUUCCCAGAGUUUGCUGGAACUGAAGCUUUCCACUUGAAUGGAAUCAUAUCACAAGGAGAAAACAUUGCAGAUAAUGGUGGCGUUAGAGAAGCUUUUUCGGCCUAUCAGAAUUACGUAGCUAUCAACGGCAGAGAGGCCCGUUUACCCGGCUUAGAGAAAUAUACACCGGAGCAGCUCUUCUUCCUCUCCUACGCCAACAUUUGGUGCGGUAAACAAACUACACAGAGUCUGAGACAACAAAUUUUAAACGGCCCGCACAGUCCUGAGAAAUAUCGGGUGUUGGGCACGCUAUCCAAUUCGAUCGAUUUCGCUCGACAUUUUCACUGCCCAAACGGGAGUGUCAUGAACCGUCCUAAUAAAUGCAUUCUUUGGUAAUGAUCAAUCAGCCCAUCUAGUAUACCAUGUCCUUCGUAAAAUGUUUGAAAAGCGAUAAACUGAAAUACAAGAUCACAAGUUCGGUUACGUCA